AUGGGUGGUGUCACCGUUCGCGAUGUGGACGCGCAGAAGUUCAUUGCUGCCUACUCUGCUUUCCUGAAGCGUCAGGGCAAGCUCCCCAUCCCUGGAUGGGUUGACACUGUCAAGACUUCUUGCUCCAACGAGCUCCCUCCCCAGGACGCCGACUGGUACUACGUCCGCGCCGCUGCCGUUGCCCGUCACAUCUACAUGCGCAAGACCGUCGGUGUCGGCCGCCUGCGCAAGGUCCACGGCUCAACCAAGAACCGUGGCGCCCGCCCCAACCACCACGUCGAUGCCUCCGGCUCCGUCGACCGCAAGGUCAUGCAGUCUCUCGAGAAGAUCGGUGUCCUUGAGUACGAUGAGGAGAAGGGCGGUCGCCGCAUUACCCAGGCCGGCCAGCGGGAUCUUGACCGGAUUGCCAAGACCACCGUUGACGAGGAGGAGGAGGACGAGGAGUAA